AUGGCGUUUCCUGAUCCUGAACUCGAGGCAUUUGCCUUCAAGACCGCGCCCCCGUUGGACGCCGCAUGGCUGGAGUAUGAGGAAGAGGUCAAGAGAGGGCCUCCCCAGACCUUCAGCUCUGUCUUGGAGAGACAGCGCGUUUAUUCCCAAGAGUGCCGUGACUUUCAAGCACGGAUGAUGGCACCCGGAGCACGAGAUUACGAGUUAUCCCAAGGAAUCUCUAGGAAAAGGUUCACGAUUACGGCUUCUCUGGAUGGGUUCAACAUUCCUGUUCUUCAGCUGGAACUUGCUGAACAUCAAAGUCGAGAUCCCGAGAUCGUCAUCAUUUACUAUCACGGAGGUGGUCUUAGACUCGGCGAAGCGGAUAGCGAAGAACUCUCUUGUCGACGCCUUGUCAAAUCUGGCGUGGGGAGAGUCCGCCUGUACUCCGUCGGUUAUCGACUCUUACCCUUGAAUCCUGCAAAUACAUGCAUUUCGGACUGUAUGGAUGGAUUCAAAGCGUUCCAUACGCACGCAAAAAGAGUAAUUGUUGCGGGCAGCUCGAGUGGCGGGCAGAUGGCUACGGCGAUAGCUCAAGCGGCACCUAAGGGUUCCAUCCAUGGACUCUUACUGAGAUGCCCUGUUACGGCUGAUGUGCCUACUGGCAUGAAAUUUAUCCCGGAGCGACUACGGCCAUAUCACACCAGCGUGUCACCUACUUUCAUCACAUCACUGAAUGGCUACCAUCGACGAGAUAUUCCAAGGGAUGGCCUCGAGAGACUGCCACUCGAAGUUACAAAGGAGGAACUGCAGGGCCAACCUCGAACUUGGGUACAGCUCUGUUCAAACGACACGAUAUACUCGGAUGGACUUUGUUAUGUAUUGGCCUUAAGAGAAGCCGGCGUUGAGGCUCAAGUGGAGAUUGAAGUGGGCUGGCCUCACACAUACUGGUUGAAGGCUCCACACUUACCUCAGGCUUUAGCCGCCGAGAAGAAGAUGAUAGACGGGCUGAGGUGGCUGCUUCAAGGAUGA